AUGAAAAAAAUUGAUAAAUUCAUAUCAAAUGAACUUUUUUCCGAUGUUAUUGACCUUAUCUCUGAUGAACUUAUAACAUUUAAAGGGCAAAUUGAAAUAGUUGGAGAGAUAACUCAAGAUGGAAAAUACAAACAAGACAUGAAAUUUGUAGGUUUUAAUACCAAAACUUUUGUCAAUUUCUUCGCUGCAGUGGAUAAUAAAUCGGAUGCCUCCGAUUGGUAUUUCACAGGAAAAAUGAUUUUCCAUAAAAACAAUUUCAAAGAAAUAAAAAGAUCAAAAAAGGGUAGUGGUGUUACCCUACUCAAAAAGAUAAAACAAUAUAUCGGUAUAAAUUGUUAUAUACCGAGCGAUGGAUACUGCUUUGUAAAGUGCGUUAAUCGUGUUUUAAACGAAGACUACACGAGAGAAUUUCAAGAUUUCAUCAACACUUUUUCAAAAUCAAACAGAAAAGGAGUUAUGACAUCUGCUAGAAUCUGCGAAUUCAAUAAGAAAUUUAAUACUAAUUUUCAAAUAUAUAUGCCCAAACAUAGACAUUUUCAACCAAAGAAAGUAACCGAAGAAUUAGAUUGGGUUUUUUAUUUACACAAAGAACAUUUCUGUUUGAUAAGAAAAAAUAACAAAACCUUCGGCAUUAAAGAAAUAGAAGAUAAUUACGAUGAAAACGUAUGGAGAACUUGUGAAGAUGAUAAUGCGGUAACGCAAGUUUCACCUCUAAAACUAAACGUUUUUCCAACCAUUCCCGAUUAUUGUUUAUACGCAUGGGAUUGCGAAACCUAUUGCGAAAAAGAAACGAAUAAAGCCAUUCCUUAUUGUUGUACUUUAGUCAAUUUGGAAAAACUGAGGAAAAGGUUAGAUGAUUAUAAUAAUUAUUUAAGUGAUUUUUAUGAGACUAUAGAUUUUAAGCCGUCAGAUCCCAUUUCAGAAGAAUAUUACAACAUACUCAUGACUAAUAUAGUAGAAAUAUUUGUAGGUACAGAUUGUAUAGAUCAAAUGUUACAACGUUUAGGAAAAGUAGAUCAGAAAAGACUAACCUUAAUUUCCCAUAACGGCAGUGGUUUUGAUAACUGGAUCAUGAUCAAAAACGUAAAAAAACUAACACAGUGCCCUUUAAAAACAGCUAGAGGAAUUCUGUCUCUACCUUUAACUAAUUCAUUCACUGAUGAAGAUUUACAGAAAAAAUGGAAAAGACAGAAAGAAAUAAAGGGUAACUCUAAUUAUUUGCAAAAUAUUAAUUUCACAUGUUCCUAUCAACACGAAUCAUCUAGUUUAGCGGCAUGGGGAAAUUCAUCUAAUCUAACAAUGAAUUUGAGAAAGAUCGAGGGUGUUAAUAUUGCAAAAUACACUAAAGAUAACUGGGAAUCUUUAAGACACGAAUGGGAACCUUACGCUAAAAGAGAUACGUUAUGUCUCGGAGCUUGUUUGAUAAAAUACAAUCAAGCAAUGAAAAAAACUGUCUUCCAAAACGUUUCCAAUAAUCUAACAGCUCCUUCUUUAUCUUUAAAGGGUUGGUAUUAUUUAUAUCAUUACGAUAAAGAAAUGGUUGAAGAAGAAUGCUAUGAAACUACUAUCAUGGUUCCCAAACACACCGAAAAAGAAAACGUAGAAAAAGUUUACUCGCAUACUCACCCUUUUAUGAGAUAUUUUAUCAGACAAAGUAUAAAAGGAGGAAGAGUUUCGGCAAAUCGAAAAUCAUAUGAAACGGAUAAAAUGAAUGAGAUCUGUGCCAUAUUAAAAGAAUACAAUGAAAGUGACACUGAAGGAAUAAUAGAUUUAUACAGUGUUAACUCAAAAGAUAAAACGGAAGUUCAUUCGAGACUUAAAAAAAUAAACUGUACUAACUGA